CUUCACCCUGCUGACAGAGUGAGCAGACAUCAUGGCUGCGCAAACAGAAGUUCCCUUUUGUCUUAAAGAUGGCAUAACUCAGUACCUGAAGCCACAAAGAGUUCAGUUCAUGGGUUUGAUGCAUCUCAACCAGUACAAAGGGCGAGCAGAGAGCAGAAUUUUGGUGAUGUCUCAGUGGAGAGCUCAUGUAUUCUACAGCAAACUUCCAGUGAAGGUGGAGAGCUCCUUCAGCUAUCUGGAGAUCUAUGCCAUCAUCAUUGAGAGUACUGAGCAGGUGGUUAUUGAGACAGACAGGCACAUCUAUUCUUUCAGCCUAAUGUCUGUGCGAGACCUGGAGGCUGUGGUCACUCAUGUCACCGCUUCGCUCAAGAAGAUCUUCCCUGAUUCAUCUCCAGGGAAGUUACUGAAGAAAAUUCCCCCUGAUCUACAAGACAGGUUGUGUAGUCUUGCCUCCAGAGUAGAGGAACAUGUGAAUGGAGCAGUUGGACCAUGUGGAGGCUUCUCUGACACAUAUGCAGCAUUGUGUGAUUUCAAUGAGUUCCCAUGUUGUGGAGAAGUUCAGUGGGACGUUGACAAUAUUUACCAUGUUCAGAACUGUCGGGUAUUUAACCUCAUUGACUUCAGUCAUUUAGACAGCAGAGACUUGGCUUUAGCAGUUGGCUCUUUGUCCUUCAACCAGUGGUUCACUAAGAUAUGCAGCAAGGACUUCAAACUGACACCUGAUGUGCAGGAGCAGGUCCUCUAUAUGAUCAACAGGUGCUCUGCUCUGGAGGAGGUCAGUCUGGAGGCCAGUGGACUCAAAAUGGAUUUUGCUAUUAAGAUGGCCAGUGCUCUUCGGGACCAUUCGGCCUCUGCUCUCCAUAUCAUCAACCUGUCUGUCAACACAAUAGAGGAUAAAGGUGUGAUUGCUCUCAGUCAGAGUUUGGGGAAAUUGCCCCGUGGCCUUAGUCAGCUGUACCUCUCCAAGGUCUCCAUGUCUCCGAAAGGCCUGGGGUGUCUGGUUCAGGUUCUUUAUCAGAGUACAUUUCUGUGCAGCACCCUAUCUCACCUAGACCUGAGCGGAAACAUCGGCUGCCUGGCCACAGAAGAGGCUGUGAGCCUUUUUAAGUUCCUGGCUGCUCCCAAUGCAGUUUCUCAUCUUGACCUCAGCUCCACAGACUGCCCCUUAGACACUCUGUUUCUGUCUCUUUCUGUGGGCUGCUGCACUACUCUGAGCUACCUCAACCUCUCCAGGAACACUUUUUCCCAUAGGAAAGCACAAAAGGUCACCAGCAGUGUGUUGGAUUUCUUUAACAAGAGCACUGCGUUGAAAUAUGUGGGACUGGCUGGAACUAAGUUACCUCCAGAGGCUCUCAGAUUGUUGCUACAGGGCCUGGCAACCAACACUCAUCUGUCUGACCUAGAGCUUGAUAUCAGCUGCUGUGAGUUGAGGUCGGCCGGAGCUCAGGUGAUUCAGGAACACAUCUUUGAGGCCAAGGCCAUCUGCAGUCUGGAUCUGUCUGACAACGGUUUUGAGAGCAAUAUGGUUACUCUAAUUCUCUCCAUUGGUCACAGUCACUCUAUUCGACACCUCUCAAUCGGACGCAACUUUGCCAUGAAGUCUAGAGCUCUUACAGAUGUGUUACAUCGCCUUGUACAGCUAAUUCAGGAGGAGGAGUGUCCAUUGGAAUCUCUCUCUGUGUCCGACUCAAAAUUGAAGACUGGCACCACCAUCCUCAUCAACAGUCUGGGCAGUAACGCCAGCCUUUCUAAGAUUGAUAUCAGUGGCAACUGUAUUGGUGACACAGGUGCUAAGAUGUUAGCAAAGGCCCUCAUGAUCAACACCAAGCUAAAAACACUGGUUUGGGACAGAAACAAUGUGACUGCCAGUGGGUUUAUUGAUGUAGCCAAUGCCAUGGAAAAGAACAUGACACUACAGAGCAUAACCACUCCAAUGAGUGAUGUUUUACAAGCCUAUCGAAACAACCCUGAGAAGACAGAGGAGGCUUUACAGAGAAUCCAGGCUUGUUUACUUAGGAACAAUCAGAGACAAUAUGAAGUGGAAGAGGAAAUGUGUCAUUUGCAGCAUGGACUUAAGACGGCACGCUCUGAACAGAUAGUGCAGGAUAUCUGCAAAAAACUACAGGAAAGUGUGCACCCUCUAAACUGCUAUAAUAUACAAGAGGUGCAGUCAGACAUCCUGCUUGCAGAGGAAGCAUUACAACAUGCAAAGACAGCCAUUAGUUCUUUUGCAGGGCUCUAUGAGUUGGGGAGGUCACCCUUUCGUGGUGACAUGUUGAAAUACAUUCUCAAUGACACGGCUAAAGCCAUCAAGAGUGAGAUCACUGAGGAGAUCCAGGAACUGGCAACGGCAAUGCUGCAGUCUGCCCAGUCGACCUGUCCAAGAGUUGUCCAGAGGUCAAGUGUCAGUGAACAGCUGGCAGAUCGUGUGGCCAAGAAAACACGUCAGGCAGCACACUUCAUUCAGAACACAAUGCAAGAGGCUGAGAACAGCAUCAGGAACAAACUCAGUGAACUAAAACUGUCCAUCAACUUCUCUCUGGUGGAAAGUAUAAUUGAUGAAGUUCUCCAGGACUUGUCAGUGGCUCAGGAAAAACUGGACAAGCACAUGAGGGAGUUCUCCCAGUCCACUAAUCCCAAGGCCAAUGUUCCUCAGCUCAGAGUGAUGGAGCAUGAAUUCCCCACAGAUGAUUACGUCCCCGUCAUCUGGAGAAGCAGCUUCCACUCGCGUAGCAUCCGUCCCGCCCCUUCAAUCAAAAGUUUGUUAGAUGUAGAAGGCGAACAGCAGGCGCGUGUGGCCACACAUCCCCAGCAGAAGGUAGAGGAGCGAAUGGGAGGAGGGGGAGGGCCUCAGAUCUCCAGGGUAGGAACGGAGGAGAGGAGGCGGGCCCUGUCGUUGUCGUUGGCGACGGGGCUGUCAGUCACAUUGGCAGGCCAGCUGAAGCCAGGAAGCCCCUCCUACCCGGGGAGAGAGGCGGAUGCUGCUGCCGCUCCUGCUGCUGCCGCUCCUGCUGCUGCCGCUCUUAGCAACAGAGAGCCCCGGCGCUCGGAGCCAGCACCUCCUCAGCCCCCUAUGGACCUGCCCAUCGAUGGCCACACACUGAGGCACUACACCCGCUCCAGGCCCCGACCCAACCGCCAGAACAGGCAGCCGCCCACCAAACCGCAGGAGCAGGCCGCUGAGAGUGAGAAUGAGGCCAAUGAGAACAUAGGGAGGGUUGAUGAAGGUGUAGAAGAGUUCUUCACCAAAAAGAUCAUCCCUGAUGACCCCCUAAAGCACCAGAGGGAGGAGCCCCUCAUUAAACCACAACCUGCAGAGCCCAUGUGUGUCACAACUGCCCCACCCACCACCUCCACUACAACCCCCAUCCCCACCACAGCCCUCUCCAAAAACAUCAAGAAGAAGUUUGGCGACUUUUUCGCCUUUAAGAAAGUCCGUGCAGGUCGAGGGGCCAAGGGCGAGGGCGGCCCCGAGGGCAAAGUCAAAAAGACUUCAAUAGCAGAUCUCAUACGACCACUCCGGGAAGCAGCACGAGCAGAGAAAGAGAGGGAAAAGGAAAGGGAAAAAGAGAGAGAACGAGAGAAGGAGAAAGAGAAGGAGAGGGAGAAAGACAAAUUAGAAGAGGAAAACAUUGUCAAGUCAGCCACAACUACAGCCAGCACUACCAUCCUCACAAUAACAGAUUCUACAACUUCACCAGUUAAUGAAGACAAAAUGUCUCCCAAAGCUCCUUCACAUGUCCCCACCCCUGCACUGACCCCACCUGCGUCCACUCCCACACCUCCUGCCACCUCCCCAGGCAAACCUGAAGAGGCCCCAGCACUGCCCCUUGCUGCACCUCCCACCCCCACCAAAACCCCCAGCCCAGUCCCAGUUGUGUCACCCUCAGAGUGGGAGAAAAGCCGGACCCUAGAGAAGAGCUGCACAGAUGGAGAACGGAGGCCCAAACCCACCCGGCGUUCUCUUAGAGAGGGAAAAUCGCAGUCCCUCAUCCUGCUUUCCGACGUCUUGCCAGAGCAGGACGGCACAGCUACACAUGCUAAGAAACAUGCAUCAGAGAGCUCAUCCAGUUUUGAACAGCGUCUCCAUGUUAUGCUUCACCGCAUGGGAGUCACCAAAACAACUCCUCCUGACUCCAAACAGAGUCAGGUUAAUAGCAAGGAUGAGGAGCUGAGAAAAGCCAGCUCUGAGGGUGCAAUACUUGACAAACCUGAGCCACCACCCACAUUUAUGAAACCCCGCACAAUGUCCACCUCGUCAGACACCAGGCGACCAACCCGAGUGACCCAGAGUGUUCUGGAGUUCCACCGUACAGAAAAGCCGCUACUCCCUGAGCGUCCUAUAGGCCCAUUGCCCCCUAAACCUGCCAUCAAGCCCAUUCGUCUUCCUACUAGUGAUACAGCCCGAACAGCCACACCCACUCCCAAGCUACCCAGCCCCUCUCUGGAUGGUCAGGAAGAGGUACCAGAGAGCAUCUCGAUCCCACUGCCUCAGCAGAAGGAGCCCCCAACUCCAUCUCCCCGGAAAGAGACCCCCCCAGCCCCCUCGCCACGGAGAGUUCUCAGCACGGAUGUCAGGGAGCGUGCAGAGAGAGCACAAUCCGUCACUGAAGAGACCCUCCCUAUUCCGCGGCCUCGCAUGAAGCCCUCUCCUCAGCGCCGUGCCGUGUCUGUCCAUGAGGAUUCUCUCAAGCAACACGCCGCAAUCCUUGACUCUGAUGAACUAAAAGCUGCGUUGCCAAGACAGCAGAGGUCACCGGGGCGGAAGCGAGUGAACCUGGGGGAACUGAUGCCCUGCUCAGAGGAUUUGGAAGUGAAAUCUGUGGAGAGGGACCAGAGCACUGAAUGGACAGAUGAGAUGGACAGCACAAAAGUCACAGACAGCCAAUCAGAGCAGAGCCGGUCUGGGCCCCACGAGCAAAUGACCAACCAGGAGAGGGGGGAGAUGAUCUCAGAGCAGCACACAAUGCAGGGAGAAACAUCAGACCAAAGAACUGAAUCCCCCUCACCUGAGACACACAUGGACUGACCCUGCACAAAUCUAUUUUCUAUCAUGUGUACCUUUGCCUUGCACGCCAGAUUAUGUACAAAAGAAUGAAUUAUGAACAAAUGUGUUUAAAAAAAAAAAAAAAAAAAAAAAGAGUAAAUCAACAUAUACUUGUUAAUAAUUAUUAAAAAGUGAAUUCUGUUGUGUCAUUAAGAGUCCUGGCUUUUUUAUGGGUUGUAACCACUGAUAGAACUGGACUGCUCAUGACGUUAUAUCAGUGAAGACUGCGCCACCAUAUUGCUAUGCCCAAACCUUCCAAUGUACCUAUUGACUUAACAGGAAAUAAUCUCAUUUCAGCAAUUAAACAUUAGUCAUUCAAUCACCGAUUUUAUAUCUGAAAUCUUCCAUGUAAAUCCCUACAACGCAAACAUCCUACACAUGUAAUGAUUUAUUUAAAGUCUGGAAUUUUUCCUUUUUCUUGAAAGCCCGAGCGAGUUAUGUAUAUCUACUGUAUAUCAAACAGUAUCCACCUCUCACAAACUUCAUCAGCGAACAGAUCAGCUGAAUGUAAACAAGUUAACUGAAACUGAGGUAAGAUACAAACAGACAUUUUCAGACUUAUUUAUUGUGAUAAUUGAAGUGUUUCUUCAGAGUUACUUGUUUUAUGUUUUAAUCAAAAAGUGCCUUGUUCUCACGGUCACUGGAAUAAGAGCACGCUCUCUCCUUUUAUCACACACAGCGGGUGCACUGAGAUUGAGGGAGAGACACACAAAGCAAAGCUGGUUAAAAUUAAACUGAUAUGCUAGAUUUAAAUGGCAAACGAACACGUAUUUAUGACAUGUAUCCAUUUCUGACUACAGAGAGUACAUCGUUAUGAAAACAAGCAAAUCCCGGACAUUUAAGAUGAUUUAUAAAUCCCGGUUUGACUUUUUUAAAGUCCCAUUCGGGGUAAGGACGUGUUGUCACCCUAAACAAGCAGAUAUUGCAGCUUUUCCUUUGGAGAUUGUUGUGCUGCACUGAUAGACUGAACACCGGGGCAGAUGAAUGCUCUGACAUAUAUAUUCUCCCUCGUAAAAUAUUAUCCAUAACAAGCUAUUUUAAACAUUAAACAUGGUUGUCACUAGACGGUGAAAUGCUGCUGUUGUAUCCAAAGGUUGGAGAUGGCAGGGGCAUAGAUUCCGGGUGUAUGGGGGGAGGUAACUUUCCCAAUAAUCAAAACAAGCAAUUACAACCCUCAUAAUAUUUAUACCAUGAUCAAUGGAAACAUAUAAAUGCUUUACGCUGCAACACCCCCAAUGUUCAAGCCAAAUCUAUGCCCUUGGGAGACGGUGAAACGGGUGUUUUCGCCUGUCAGUCAUUGACGCUCUAUGGC